AUGGAUCGUUUUGGAACAUCUAUUCUGAAAACCAUUUGGAGACCGACACUUAAUUUUGUAAGGACCAGAUACUUUGCAGAUAAAAACAGAUUAGUAAGAAGAUAUGGUUAUGAAGAGAAAAUCUGGAGCGGUGGCUUAAUGCCUCGGUCUGAAGGAAAGCCUUUACCAAUUCCAGAAUAUCGGCCUGACAACCCUUGGACAGGACGUAAGGCACUUUUUGGGCAAAAUGAUUACAUUGAUAUUCUUGGAACUGGUGAAAUCCACCCUGUGAAGACAUUGUACUCUGUGCCAUCGUGGAUAAGAGGAGUCAGUGGUAUGGAAUAUCAUAUUUUACUCAGAAAGAGGAAGAUGUUUGCAAAUACUGGAUCACCUCAAAUCAGGCCGACAAAGUGGAAAGAAUAUGAAAAGAGAUUGUCUUUCUUGUACAGAAAACUUAAUAGAAAAACAAAAACUGGCUUCUCUUCUACAUAG